UUCUAAAAAAGAAGAAGAAGAAGGCUGUGUUAGCAGAGCUGUUACGUUAAGUGACCUGCCGAUGUGCUUCAAUGAUAAAUAUAGUUCUGUUGGAAAACGACCGUUUUUCAAACUCGCCUUUUGUCUGUUUCAGAAUAGAGCAAGGUAACUGAUCGGUCCUCUUGGCUGAUGUGAAGAUGCCUGCUGGUGUGUCAUGGCCUCGGUACCUGAGGAUGUUUGGUGCCAGUGUACUAUCUAUGUUUGUCGGAGCAGAGGUUGUCCAUCAGUACUACAGACCCGAUCUGACUAUUCCAGAAAUCCCUCCCAAACCUGGUGAAUUGAGGACUGAACUGCUGGGAUUUAAAGCCAGAGAAGAGGCUGCUGCCGUUGCUGCCCAAAGACAGUGACCCUUUCCGUUGACUGAUUACAUUUUUGUACAGUAUCUAACUCUAGAGCAAUCCUUGUACAUAUUGCACAUUAUUAAAAACCACAAAGGGACAAAUGUGAAUAAGAAAAGUUGGAUGGACAUGUGCGUAUCACAUUUGUUAUGAAACGAAUGUGGUAUAAAUUGACGUGUGCCAAUUCUAUUCAAAGUUACUCCAGGCAAUGAUGUGUUCACAUGGCUGGAUGGCGCUUCAGGCUCCUCAGACUAUAACAAGAAAUGGAACCUUUAUUUAACUAGGCAAGUUAAUAACAAGUUCUUAUUUACAUUUAGGUCAGGAGCCUACAAUUGCGUUUAUCGAACCUAUUGUCAUGGAGAACUCAUGAGGUCUUGAGUAUGGGACAACUUGCAGAGCAGACACCCUUUUGCUGUUGUUGAUGCGAGAGCCAUAGCAAAGUGAGCUCAAGUUUUAACCAUGUUGUCUGAUGGAUCACUCAUGUAAACUUCUGCGCAGACUAGUAUGAGUAUGUCAGAUACUGUAUGUAUGUAACUGUUCAUUGGGUUUUUAAUCAACAGAUGUGAAUCAAAUGUUUGUGUUUAUGCUUUUAAUAGACUUAUGUUGGGUCCACACGCAACAACAAAAAAUAUAGAUAUAUCCAAAUCUGAAUUUCAUUAUUUAUUAAUGAAUAAACUUUUAAAUUAU